AUGACUGCCUUUCUGAAGAAGCCCUUAAAGCUCGCCCUGGUGCAGCUUGCGUCCGGUGCGGAUAAGGCAAUCAACCUCUCGCACGCCCGAAGCAAGGUCCUUGAGGCUGCACAAGCUGGCGCACGCUUGAUUGUGCUUCCAGAGUGUUUCAACUCCCCCUAUGGCACACAGUACUUCCCCAAAUACGCCGAAACCCUCCACCCCUCCCCUCCGACGAAGGAACAAUCGCCCUCAUUUCACGCGCUAUCAGCCAUCGCCGCUGAAGCAAACGCAUAUUUGGUCGGUGGCAGUAUCCCUGAACUCGAAGAGUCCACCAAGAAAUACUACAACACCUCGCUGGUAUUCUCACCAUCCGGCGCAUUGAUUGGCACCCACCGCAAGACACACUUGUUCGACAUCGAUAUCCCAGGCAAGAUCGCAUUCAAGGAAAGCGAUGUGCUAUCUCCGGGUAAUCAAUUGACAGUGAUUGACCUCCCUGAAUAUGGAAAGAUUGGUCUGGCUAUUUGCUACGAUAUUCGGUUCCCCGAGGCUGCCAUGAUCGCUGCCCGCAAGGGAGCCUUUUUACUCGUGUACCCCGGUGCAUUCAAUACAACCACUGGCCCACUCCACUGGUCUUUACUUGGCCGGGCUCGCGCCGUGGAUAACCAGUCAUAUGUGGCUCUGUGCAGUCCUUCUCGUGACCUGGAAGCGAGCUAUCAUGCCUAUGGCCACAGUUUGAUUACCGACCCUAGUGCCAAUAUCGUGACUGAAGCAGAUGAGAAGGAAACUAUCAUUUAUGCUGAUCUGGACAAUGAUAGCAUUUUGAACAUUCGCAAAAGCAUUCCCAUUUACAGUCAGCGGCGGUUCGACCUUUAUCCUGACCGAGCCACACUCAUCCGAGAUCACAAAUUUGAAUUUCCACUCAUCGAUCACUUCCGCCCACAGUCGACACCGAACCCUUUCAAGAUGUCCAACGUCCAGCAGACCGGAAAGAAGCAGCGCUCGGCCAUUGCCGACGUGGUGUCGCGCGAGUACACCAUCAACUUGCACCGCAGAUGCCACGGUGUUAGCUUCAAGAAGCGCGCUCCUCGUGCCAUCAAGGAGAUCCGUGCUUUUGCCGAGCAGGCUAUGGGCACCAAGGAUGUCCGCGUCGACCCCCAGCUGAACAAGAAGGUCUGGGAGGCCGGUAUCAAGGGUGUUCCUUUCCGUCUCCGCGUUCGCAUCUCCCGCAAGCGUAACGAUGAGGAGGGUGCUGUCGAGCGUCUGUACUCCCACGUCCAGGCUGUCAACGUCAAGAACCCCAAGGGUCUGCACACCGCUACCGUCGAUGACGCGUAA